UGUCUGCCUCCCCUCCCCCGGGGGUGGGGGGAGCCUCGUGGCCUUAUCUUCCUGGGACUAGGACUGGGUGCCACGUGGCAGCUGCUGCUUGGCCCCCGGCCCCCUUAUCUGCCCCCCGCCUCGUGGGCCCAGCACUGCCAUGGACGGCCAGCUCCUGCUUGUGCUGCUGCUGCUGCUGCUGCUGCUGCUUGGGGCCUCGGGCCCAGAGGGCCAGGGGCCAGGGCCCGGGGAGCCCGAGGAGGAGCCCCCCAAGGAGGAAAUCCCUGAGGAGGAUGGGAUCUUGGUGCUGAGCCGGCGCAACCUCGGCCUGGCCUUGCGGGAGCACCGCACUCUGCUGGUGCAGUUCUAUGCCCCAUGGUGUGGGCACUGCAAGGCACUGGCCCCCGAAUACAGCAAGGCCGCAGCCCUGCUGGCGGCAGAGUCAGCCAAAGCCAGGCUGGCCAAGGUGGACGGGCCUGCAGAGACAGAGCUGACGGAGGAGUUUGCUGUGACUGCAUACCCCACGCUCAAGUUCUUCCGCGAUGGGAACCGCACACACCCGGAGGAGUACACCGGCCCCAGAGAGGCCGAGGGCAUCGCUGAAUGGCUGAGGCGGCGGGCGGGGCCCAGUGCCACCCGGCUGGAGGACGAGGACGGUGCCCAGGCACUGAUCGACGGCCGGGAUGUCGUGGUCAUUGGCUUCUUCCAGGACCUGCAGGACGAGGACGUGGCUACCUUCCUGGCCCUGGCCCAGGAUGCCCUGGACAUGACCUUUGGCCUCACUGACCGGCCAAAGCUCUUUCAGAAGUUUGGCCUCACCAAGGACACCGUGGUGCUCUUCAAGAAGUUUGACGAGGGCCGGGCAGACUUCCCAGUGGACGAAGAGCUGGGCCUGGAUCAGGGCGACCUGUCGCACUUCCUCCUCACGCACAGCAUGCGUCUGGUCACAGAAUUCAACAGCCGGACGUCGCCGAAGAUCUUUUCGGCCAGGAUCCUCAACCACCUGCUGCUGUUUGUCAACCAGACACUGGCCUCCCACCGGGAGCUGCUAGCUGGCUUCGGGGAGGCAGCUCCCCCAUUCCGGGGGCAGGUGCUGUUCGUGGUCGUGGACGUCGGUGCCGACAAUGGCCACGUGCUGCAGUACUUCGGCCUCAAGGCUGAGGAGGCCCCCACCCUGCGCUUCAUCAACAUGGAGACCACCAAGAAGUACGCACCUGCACACGGGGGGCCGCUCACCGCAACCUCCGUCACCGCCUUCUGCCACGCGGUCCUCGGCGGCGAGGUCAAGCCCUACCUCCUGAGCCAGGAGCUGCCCCCUGACUGGGAUCAGCGGCCGGUCAAGACCCUCGUGGGCAAGAAUUUUGAGCAGGUGGCUUUCGACGAAACCAAGAAUGUGUUUAUCAAGUUUUACGCCCCUUGGUGCACCCACUGCAAGGAGAUGGCUGCGGCCUGGGAGGCCCUGGCCGAGAAGUACAAGGACCACGAGGACAUCAUCAUUGCGGAACUGGACGCCACAGCCAACGAGCUGGAGGCUUUCCCUGUGCACGGCUUCCCUACCCUCAAGUUCUUCCCCGCGGGGCCGGGUCGCAAGGUGAUUGAAUACAAAAGCACCAGGGACCUGGAGACCUUCUCCAAGUUCCUGGACAACGGGGGUGAGCUGCCCGCAGAGGAGCCCGCAGAGGAGCCCGCAGCCCCCUUCCCGGAGACCCCGGCCAAUUCCACCACGGAGCCCAAAGAGGAGCUGUAGUCGCCCCCCCAACAUCACCGUCUGGUGCCCCCACACCGGAUGGUUCACUGAGGAACCAGUGAAUAAAGAGCUUUUGAUCCUGCA